AAAUACAAGAAAUUUAAAUCGAACAAUGCUCUCUGAUUCCAAACCAAAGAAGGCUUCGUUUUCGAUUGAGUUUCUGGCUAGGAGCAGUCAUGAUGAGGAAAAGGACGAGGGAAAAGCUCAACAUACUGUGUCACCAAAGUUGGCUGCAGAUGUUGUUACACAUCCUGUAAACAGACUCGACUUAAGUGGUUCACCCUUUCUAACUCCAGAGAGGUUUACAAAUACUAAAACUGUGUCACCACAUUCUACCCUAGGAAAUGGAUAUCCUCUCAAACUACCUUUGAUCUCGCCGACAAAUUCAUCUGUGAAGAGAAAAAGAGAGGAUUCGUGUGACUCUGGAGUUGAGAGCCCCUCCCCAGAUCGAUUUCGCCAUGUCAGCGAGGCCAGCAACUCUUCCAGCAACUGUUCGUUUAUUUCAGAUCUUGAUGAUAGUGACGAUCUGCACAAGAGGAAAAAAGCCCGCACAGCAUUUUCAACAGAACAGAUAAACGACCUGGAAAAGAGAUACCAAUCUCAGAAGUACCUGCCGGCUAACGAACGCCAAGCCUUAGCAGAGAAACUUGGCCUCUCCGACCAACAGGUGAAGACUUGGUUCCAGAACAGACGCAUGAAAGAAAAGAGACAGAAGCGGGACGACGAGCAUGCACGAACCUUUAGUCUACCGACAGGUGGCGUGGAUGUCUCCCAAUUGACCGCUCUUGGGCUGCCCUGCCCACCACCCUACAACAUGAGUGCCACCAACUUCGGACAACUUCCGGGAUUUACACAUCAUUCUCCUCAGUAUCCUAUGACGUCAUCUCCUGGACAUUUUCCACCAGUGCUUCCUCACCAUGCGUCAUUUCCUAUCAGCCCCGCCUACUUACAGAGACAGUCCUAUCCACAUCCGGUUCCAUACAUGAGCUUCUCGCCGAACCUUCCGUCACCAAAACUAGGACAGAUCGCACCAGGGCAGGAGAAGAGUGGUGUUUGAACAUUCAAAAUUGUCAUUAUUUAUUUCUGAACAUUCCUGUUGAGAGAACUUGUGUGUGAUGUUU